AUGAAGGUAGUGCUGUGCGACACCAACGAAACCGUAUGCAGACUCUGGCGGCAACUCUUACAGGGCCUGAGCCCGUACUCAGCCCGUAUUCAUCACGGCGAGCUAUGCGAGGCCAUGAAAGAACUAGAAUCUGGCCAGAAAGAACGAGACACAGACAACGGGGCGCCAGGCACGAAGGCUGUGGGUAAUUGCAGCAUAGCCAUCGUUUCACCGGGAAACUCAUUUGGGUUCCUCGGCGGAGGGUUCGACCUUGGUAUUCGCGACUAUUUCGGUGGAGUGCCCUUUGAAGGGUGGUUACGAGAGGCGCUGCAUUGCAGUUACAGCCCCGUGGGGUCUGUAAAAGCGAUUGACGUAACGAGCUACAGCCGUAACUUGCGCAAUAACGUCAAAUACGUCGUUUAUACUCCAACGGUGGUCGCGCCGUGCAGAUCACUAUUCGAAGCUUCGAGGGCUGUGCGAACAGGCUACGAGCCUGUGUUCAACGCCACUUGGAGCGCGCUGACGGGCACUCCAAAAGAUGUGGAGACUCUGGUCAUGCCCGGCAUGUGCACUGGAUACGUUGGGGUACCUGCUUCGGUGAGUUGCAAAAGCAUGGCAUUUGCGUUAAAGCUCUAUUUAUUGGAGAAUGACGUAUCCGAAGAGUUGAAGAAUGUCUUGAUUAUGUGUUUUUUAGGUUAUCCUUUUAAGCCAUUUUGGGCUAAAGAAUGCAUGAAAGAAUGUGAAUUGUUGGGGAUAGAAUGGGAAGAUUUGGACAAAUUUGACGUCAAGGUCGAUGACAUUGAUAGGUUGCUUCCUUUCAACCGGCCGUGCCCCACGGUUUAG